UGAAUCAUACGCGACCUGUCCUCGGCUUCUUUUACUGUCUAUGCUCGCGCAUGCCUACUGUGGAAACUUCGGUUGAAACAAAGAUCAGUAGCUAGAUUUUUUAAACUAUUUAAUAUUUGUACGACGUUCCUUGAUACACACGGAGAGUCACCGUGUGCCCAAGAGGGCUUUAUAUUCAACAUGUAUCACAACAGCUCUCAGAAAAAAUUCUGGAUUUACGAUAAAGAGGAAUCUUUAGAUAAAUUAAGAUUAGAGGCUAAUCGGAAGUUCUGCUCAAAAGGCAUGUCCAGUGGGAAGCCUGGAAUAAAUACAUCCAUGUUUCUUAAUGAACAAGAAGAGAAAGUGCUCUUCAGACACUAUGAGAAGAGAUUGCUAGACUUCUGUGCCAUAUUCAAGCCUGUGAUGCCUAAAUCUGUUGUGGGCACAGCUUGUAUGUAUUUUCGAAGAUUCUAUUUGAACAACUCUUUGAUGGAGUAUCACCCACGAACGAUAAUGUUGACUUGUGCGUAUCUCUCCUGUAAAGUGGAUGAGUUUAAUGUGUCCAGCACUCAGUUUGUGGGGAACCUUCAGGAGAGCCCAGCAGGACAGGAGAGGGCUCUAGAACAGAUUCUGGAGUAUGAGCUGCUUCUUAUCCAGCAGCUUAAUUUUCAUCUGGUUGUUCACAAUCCUUACCGGCCCUUGGAGGGCUUCCUAAUUGACUUAAAGACCAGAUACCCAUUAUUAGAGAACCCAGAGAUGCUGAGAAAGAGUGCAGAAGACUUUCUGAACAGAGCAGCAAUGACAGAUGCUGGACUCCUCUUUUCUCCGUCUCAGAUCGCCCUUACCGCCAUCCUUAACGGUGCUGCACGUGCUGGCCUCAAGAUGGAGGCAUAUUUGACUGAAUGCAUGGGGCUUAAGGAGGAUAAAGAGACCCUCUCAAAGAUGUAUGAGUCAAUGAGACGAAUGACAAGUCUUGUUAAAGCAUACGAGCUUCCCAAAGCUGAGGAGGUCAAUGCCUGCAAACAGAAACUGGAAAGGAUACAUGCUGAAUUUGCUACAAACUUGAAAAGAAAACAUGGAUAUGAAGAUGAUGAUCACGUGGUGAAAAGGCAGAUGGUGGCUGAGGAAGAGUGGACUGAUGAGGAUUUGGAUGCAUUGUGACAAUGAAAUUGUUUUUUAGAUUGGCAACAUCCUCUGAACAGGUCGAGUGAUUGCCAUAACUGACAGAGGAUGCACUUCUCAAACUGGAUUGUAGAUAUUUCAGCAAAAUGUCAUGUAAAGCUUUUUCUUCUGUGAAAAUAAAACAUUGAUUUUUAUUAUUAAUAUAA